CCUGGAGAAGCAAAUCGCGGGGUUAACGACUAUUCCAUCUUCCCACGCUUCGCCCAAUUCACGCCGAUAAACUUGGCUCACCGGCUCCGGCGUUACCUCGCCGUCAGACCGACACCUUUCGUCCGAACUUCAGUUUUCCACAAGCCCGAUCCAUUACGACCCGACCCGCGCAGAUUUCCUACAAUUACAAAUUAGGGUUUGAUUUGUGUUCGGAUGAGCUACUAUGUAUAUAGAGGAGGAAGCCAUCGCAAUAGCGGUUAGGGCAGAGCCGAAGGAGAUGGUGGCCGAGGAAUCAAAACCCUCGCCUGCAAAUGAGGAAUUCGAGUGCACUGAAAAGGGGAGCAUUUUGGCAGUUGAUACCAGGCGGGCUAUGAUCGGUGUCGCCGCUCGAGCUCUGUUUUAUCCCACUCUGCUGUAUAAUGUUGUUCGAAACAGGAUUCAAGCGGACUUCCGGUGGUGGGACUGGAUUGAUGAGUUUGUAUUGCUGGGUGCUGUCCCUUUUCCGUCUGAUGUGGAAAGGCUAAAAGAUCUUGGAGUUUGCAGUGUUGUCACCAUGAACGAGCCGUAUGAAACAUUAGUUCCAACUUCCUUAUAUCAGGCUCUAGGUAUUCAUAAUUUGGUUCUUCCAACAAGAGAUUAUAUGUUUGCACCUUCACUGACUGAUAUAUUCCAUGCUGUUGACUUCAUCCACGAGAACGCAUUACGUGGGCAGAGGACAUAUGUCCAUUGUAAGGCUGGUAGAGGACGUAGUACGACCAUUGUCCUAUGCUAUUUGGUUAGGUACAAGCUGAUGACACCAAAUGAGGCCUACGAUCAUGUGAAAGCAAUACGACCCAGAGUAUUGUUAGCCUCACCCCAGUGGACGGCUGUCCAGGAGUUCUAUCACUAUCUGAUCAUGAGGACGGUCAACACAUACCCAACCUUUUCUAUCUCAAGGAGUCCCGGGUUCAUAGCCACAAAGAACCUGUUGGCAUUUGAUGAUAGCUCGGUGUUAAUAAUAACAGAAGCAGAUGUUGAUGGGUAUGAUGAUGACCGUCUUGUUGUGCCCGUGGGUGCAAGAUAUAAGAUGUGGUCUGGUUUCCGUUUGCCUUGGCCAUUCCGAAUCGCUGGCGCCGAAGUUUCUUGCCUCUGGCUCCAUUUCAAACUCAACUCCAAGAUGCCCGGCUAUAAUUAAAGCCUUUCCAAGAGAUCAAAAUCCUUAGGUUAGCAGCUUGGACUUCAUCAUAUGUAAGUAUCAAUUUGUAUAUAUGUGUUGUAUUUAAGAGAUGCAGUUGUCACAUUGUGUUCUAUUUGAACAUUGGAGGGCUGUAAAUAUAGUUAAGUUUAUGCC